AUCUUGGUUGUUUGUCACAGUAUUCAUGUGAAUCUACGUCUUGGCUGAACACAUGACUGCCUUUGCACGAAUUGAAUAAUUUUAUGGUAUUAACAUAGCUAUAUAUAAUAUGUAUAUAAUUAUUAUGGUGUAUUACAAAAGAACAAACAAACAAAGUCUGAAAUCUUUAUCUCCAACUUCUGAGUCCAGAUGCAGUCAAUGCUCAAGUCCGAGUCACAAGUGCUGAAAAUGAGGAUUAAAGUCUGAGUCCUGGGUGUUCUCAUCUAGUUUAAGUUCAUAUAAAAGCAAUCCAAAGUGCUUUAUAGGAUGGAAACUGUAAGUGCCUGAUAGUGAUUUCAGUCUUAUUUUUGCAGAGGGAAUAUAAAGGGGAAGUGACAGGUGUGUAACUGAGCAACACCUUUCUGUGCAACUUUCUACAGAAUAAGGAACUGACAGCUCAGUAACCACUGACACAAUCAUCUUAUGUUGAUAAAGCUUCCUAUCAGUCAGUCAUUGUGGUCAUGACAUGUUGUUGUUUUCGAUUUGUCUCCGUAGGUGCGGUCAAACCUUCACAAGAAAAGGUGUCUUUUCUCUCAGUGACAGAAAUAUAAAAUUAAGCAACCAGGAGGAAGUAACGUGCUUAUCUCACCACAACAAGAACACUUUUUCUAUUUCUAUCUGUGAGGCAUUAAUUCAUUAGACACUGACAGAGACAGAGCAGAAUGUCUGGGUCCAGAUGGAUCAUUUCAUUAUUUCAGGUUCUGCUUAAUUUUAAUUUAACAGCAGGAACUGCACGGUACGUGCUUUCCUCUCCCAUCGUCAGAGUUGGAGAUGAAUUCACUUUGCCUUGUGUAAAUGCAAAAGAAGAUCAGAAUAAAUGUGACAGCACUUGCUGGGUAGUUAGAUAUUUAUUAACGCAAGCAGAGACAGAGCUGGUUAGUUUUGGGCAGAUUGAUGGAAACAGGCUUUCCAAAUCUAAAUCAGACAGACUGAGUCUCACAGAGAACUGUUCUCUGGUUAUAAAGAAGGUCACAGAUGAGGAUGCUGGUCUGUACGGCUGCAGGACUAAACAACAAGGUCAAGACAAAAAUAGUCGGUCUGUGGUUCAUCUGUCUGUUGUUACCAUGACUGAACAGAAGAACAGAGAUCAGGUGACAUUAUACUGCUCUGUGAGGACACGUUACCACUGUAGACACACAGUGAAGUGGCUGUAUGAGGGUAAAGAUGUGGCUACAGAUGACAAAGGGUUGUGGACAUCAUCGUCUUCCUGCAGAGCCUCUGUGACCUUUCUGACUUCUCGUUACAUUUACAAAUCAACAUCUAAGCUCUUUUCUUGUGAAGUGACUGAUGUUUACAACGAGCAACAGUUUACCUUCAGCCUUCAGUCCUCACCUGAGAAGUCAGGUGACGACUCAACAACAACAACAACAACAACAGCAUCUCCAACCAGUGACGCUUCAACAAAACCAACAGGUGACGACACAACAACAGCAACAAUAAGAAACAGUGUAAAACCAGGUGUGACCACGACAGCAACUACAACCAGUGAUGCUUCAACAAAACCAAAAGAUUGGUGGUGGUUUGUCAUUGUGGCUGUUGGUGUAUUGGUGCUCCUGAUGAUUGCCAUAGCAGUCUUCAAAAGGAAGAGAGCUAAAGGGAACAAAACACAGAUGGAUGAAAACACUGCUGAUCCUGAGGAUGGUGUUCCCUACGCCUCCAUCAGCUACAGCAGGAAGACCAAGAGUAAAGCCCAGGUUCUGGGUAAAGAUGAUGAAGAUGAUGCAGUGACCUACAGCACAGUGAGAGCCUCCCCCUCCUCUGCUGGAGCCUCUGCUGAUCUCAGCAACCUCUACGCUGCCAUCAACAACCCAGGAAAAUAAAGAAACAGCAUAGUUACAUCUCAUAUCAGCAGUUACUUUACAUUAAUGACUGAUUAGUUCAAGAGACACAAUGUAACCUUGCUAAGCAACAGCGCCCUCUGCAGCCAUGAGUGGUGAUUAAUUCUGCUGAACUGAAACGCAGCUGAACAGUGUAUAUUACCCAUGAUCCUCAGCCUCUGAAGCAGGAAGUGCUGUCAUUAUAACAAACACACCAAACUCUGUUUCUAAUUCUUGAUAUUUCCCUCAGUUUCCUGGCUGGAUAUCAGAGGUGAACUCUGGUUUUUAAUGACUUCUAUGUGAUUUUAACUGAUCUACAGUUCAGCAUCUGAUUCCAGUAGUUUAAGCUGCUGACUAUCACUCAGUUAGAGGGAGAUCGUACCUGCUCACCAAAGUUAAAUAGAGCAACAACAGGUGUUCAAGGCACAGAGUUGGAAUGAGAGGCUCCAUUCUCACUAUUAGAAGUCAGUGUACCAUCAAAAUGAAUGUGAAGCUUUUAUUUCAAAGUCAGAUCGUUACACAAUGUUGCUUUUAAUUUAGUCAAAUUGAUAUUGCUGUGUUACUUCUAAUUUUUUCUUUAAUUAAUGUUUUACUGUGUUUUUUAUUUCAAUUAUUUUAAUGAUCAUUUUCAGGAUUUAUUGCUGUAAAUUGCCUUGUUGUCCAGCAGGGGGAGUAGUAGGUUCACCAGUAGCACAAUGUGAAAAGAACAAGUAAUAACCCAACACCACAUGGCUGCUUGAAAUGUAAAUAAGCUUUCUUUAUGUUCUGAUGUGAAAGUCAUUAAAGCAAAGAGGAAGUGGAACAACACUCGUCCUGGCUGAGUUACUAUAUAACCUCCCUCCUC